AUGCUAGCCCUGGUGGUGGUGCUGUACUUCUGGCUGCGAGUAGCCGUGAAAGACACGGGCGUACAGGCGUAUCUGGAGGCUAAGGCUGGCCUGCAUAUAGGUUCCGACGUGGGCGGUUCUCCAUCCGGGCAGCAGUCAAAAUCAAUCAGCCGCAGGGUCGUAGCGGUCGCUGACCUGCACGGUGACUUGGGCCACGCACACAAUGUACUUCAAAUGACCAAACUGAUCGACUCAGACUUCCACUGGAUUGGCGGUCACGAUGUACUUGUAUCUACAGGCGACAUUGUGGACCGUGGCGACGAUACCAUCGCCCUUUAUCGAAUGUUCGACCGUUUGCGCACCGAAGCGGCUGCGACCGGUGGAGAAGUGCUUAACUGCCUCGGCAACCACGAGAUCAUGAACAGCCUCGGCGAUUGGCGCUAUGUCACUCGCGGUGAUGUGGACAGCUUUGGCGGCGUUCAGCAGCGCCGCAAAGCCAUGAGCUCGGACGGUUGGAUCGGCCAGUCAUGGCUGGCCAACUUUAACAUCACGCACACGGUGCCCCUCCUACCGCUGCACCUGGUCCCUUCCAGUGCGAACAAUCGUGGUGCCGCAGGAGGAAGAGUUGCGGCGUAUACGGUUCCGCGGGCAUCCUUUGUCCACGGCGGCAUCACUCCAGCUUAUGCAAGGCGUGGCGCCGCUGCGAUCAACCGCAUCGGUCACAGCUUGCUUCAGCGUGCUCUCGCGGAAGAAAUUCCAAACGGGCAACCGCCACAUGACACGCCUACGGAAGAGCUGGAACUCUACGGCUCAGAAGGGCCCCUUUGGUAUCGCGGUUAUGCGAAUCAGGAGGACGAAGCACAAAUAUGUGCGGAAGCCGAGCGAGCCGCGUCCGCGCUCGGAGUCCGUCAUCUCGUUAUGGGGCAUACACCUCAUCUAGAAGGGUUUGUCGUGCGCUGCGAAGGAAAAGUCCUUCUCAUCGACACUGGCAUCAGCAAAGCAUACGGUGGUGAACAGAGUGCUUUGGUACUCGAGACGGAGCUCAAAUACCUCAGCGAGGGGCAUGAUGGCGUCUCAAACAAGUGGAAGGAGACGCAGACGCUCACUGCGCUGUAUAAAGGUCGGAGGCCGAAAGUUAUUCACACCGUGUCCAGAGAGGUGUACUUGUAUUAG